GUUGAGGCUGGAGGUAAGGCAGACGAUGAAAUCAAUUCCAAAUCAAACGCAUCAAAGCCCAAACAAGCGGUCACCUGUCGCACUUGCAAGGGUGCCCACUUUUCCCUCCAAUGUCCCUUCCGAAGCGAAAUGGAGGCUCUGCGCUCCUUCAUGGACUCUGCGAACGCAGCAGCAGUCCAGGAAAUAGCUCCUGAGCUCAACACUGGUCGUUACAUCCCUCCGGCUCUGCGAGCGGCUGCUGCAGCAACCAACAGCGUCCCAGAGCGCCGUCGGAUGGACGGCUUCUCUAUUCGUGUUACUAACUUACCUGAGAACACCAGCGAGUCGGAUUUGCGGGAGAUUUUCAGUCGUUUCGGUGAUGUUAUUCGUAUCUUCCCUGCAAAGGAUAAGCGCACCCAACUUAAUAGGGUAGGUACUCGGUGGAAAGAAAGGGGGCUGGUUUUCUUCAAGCUAACUGACAUCGGCUUGAGUGGAAGAGUCUUGUAG